CUGACAGCUGCCAGUUGUGUAACCUCGCCCGUGGUCGGGUUGGGCAUCCUCGAGUUACACAACACGAGAAGGAGCCCGUUUGGGUGCUUUUUCCUUUUUUCUGCCCAAGAAGAAUCAAGGAGGGAAAAAGAAAGCCGUCCUACUAAGCUUGAUAGAAUUUUCUCCCAGGUUCCCCCACCCUUGGACACAGCUUCUAAUUGUAUCUGUUGGCUGGUUUCUGCGAUGACUCAUGUUUCAAUUCAUUGGUUCCGCAAAGCCCUUCGCCUCCAUGACAAUCCUGCUCUGCUGGCAGCCCUGGGAGACUGUGCUGAGGUCUAUCCUGUUUUUAUCCUUGACCCCUGGUUCCCGAAGAAUAUGCGGGUCAGUAUCAACCGCUGGCAGUUUCUGGUUGACUCUCUGAGAGAUCUGGAUGAGAGCCUCAAAAAACUGAACUCAAGGCUGUUUGUGGUGCGGGGUCGUCCUGCAGAGAUUUUCCCAGAAUUCUUUAAGAAGUGGAAGGUGACACGGCUUGCCUUCGAAGUUGACACAGAACCCUAUGCAAGGCAGCGAGACGCAGAGGUGGUCAGGCUGGCCGAGGAACACGGCGUCCAAGUUGUACAGAAAGUGUCCCAUACUUUGUAUGAUACUGAAAGGAUAAUUCUAGAGAAUAAUGGUAAAGCACCUUUGACAUAUACACGACUGCAGGCCGUUGUGGCUUCCCUUGGACCCCCUAAGCGGCCAGUUCCAGCUCCUACUCUGGAAACCUUCAAGGAUUGCAGUACGCCUGUCACAGAGGACCACGAAAAGAAUUACGGCAUCCCUUCUCUUGAAGAGCUGGGACAAGAUCCGAAGGAAGCCGGACCUCACCUUUAUCCAGGGGGAGAAUCAGAAGCACUUUCGCGACUUGACUUAUAUAUGAAGAGAACGUCGUGGGUGUGUAACUUCAAGAAACCCGACACUUCUCCCAACUCCUUGACUCCCAGUACCACGGUGCUCAGCCCCUACCUCAAGUUUGGGUGCCUUUCGGUACGGACAUUCUGGUGGAAGCUGACGGAAGUCUAUCAAGGGAGGAAACACUCAGACCCUCCCGUCUCUUUGCAUGGACAGCUUCUGUGGCGAGAAUUUUUCUACACAGCAGGAGCUGGCUUUCCCAACUUUGACAAGAUGGAGGGCAACCCAAUUUGUGUGCAGAUAGACUGGGAUGACAACAAGGAGUAUCUUGAAGCAUGGCGUGAGGGACGGACAGGGUACCCUUUCAUAGACGCCAUCAUGACACAGCUGCGUACAGAAGGCUGGAUCCAUCAUUUAGCACGGCAUGCUGUGGCGUGCUUCCUGACACGAGGAGACCUCUGGAUCUCAUGGGAGGAGGGCCAAAAGGUUUUUGAAGAACUUCUGCUCGAUGCUGAUUGGUCGCUGAAUGCUGGUAACUGGCAGUGGCUUUCUGCAAGUGCCUUUUUCCACCAGUUUUUCCGUGUCUACUCGCCAGUCGCCUUUGGCAAGAAAACAGACAAACAUGGAGAAUAUAUAAAAAAAUACCUCCCCUUCCUCCAGAAGUUCCCAAGUGACUAUAUUUAUGAGCCUUGGAAAGCACCACGGAGCAUCCAAGAGCAAGCAGGCUGCAUCAUUGGCAAAGACUACCCCCGGCCCAUUGUCGUGCACGAAGAAGUCCGCAAGAGGAAUCUUGAACGGAUGAAAGCUGCUUAUGCACGGCGAUCAUCAACUCUGGCUGCCCAAGCACAAGGGGACACCAGCAAUAAGAAAGGUGCCGAUCGAAAGCGGCCCAACGCUCCCCUGAAAGCGAACGUUCAGACAAAGAAAGUAAAGAUUAAAAGUGAAUGAAAAGUAUGCUUGAAGAUGAUCAAGAGCAGGACGUGCAAAAUGGAUGUUCUUCUCAGAUCCACCAGUCCUUUCUGGUGAAAAGAAAAAUGCUUUUUUCUGCUCUUUCUGCAAAUGCCACUUGAUAG